AUGCAGGAGCUGCGGCGGGACCACGCGGUUCCCGUACCGCCUCGCGAAUCGUGGCAGGAGAAUGCCGAGUUGAGGCUGGUUCCCGUUGGGUAUGGCCACCGCAUGGUCACCAUGGCUCAGCUCCGCUACUCCAUCCAGUCCUCUCUAGUGCCUGCCCAGCGCAAGCGGAUCGAGGACAAGAUCAUCAGCAAGAAGUGGCAGACCUCCUCUGUUGUGCCGGUCAGCUCGGAGAACCUCGACGGGAGCUGCUGCACCUUCGAGAUGAACAGCGACGCCGGGCCAGUGCAGGGGGGCAUAUACAUGUUCCAGGUGCGCGUGGGAGACGGCUGCCGCUGGUCUGCGUGGUCGCCGACCUCGGUCGCCUUCGGCUGGCGAGUGCCGCCGCCGGCGCCCCCGGUCGCGACGAGAGUGGGUGCGCCUGCGCAGGUGGCUGUCGAGAUCGUCUCCUCGAGCUCGGCGCGCCUGCGCUGGGGUGACUUCACGCCGGCCCCCGGCCUGACGCUCCUGGAGUACGAGCUGCAGGCCGUGCCCCAGCUCAAGGCCACUGGAGGCGCGGACAGCGCCUCCAUGGCGUCGACGGCCUUCCAGCACCGGCACCGUGGGGGCAUCGUCCAGCACGACAUCACGGGGCUGAUCCCCUUCAGGACGUACGUCUUCUCUGUGCAGGCCAGGUACCCGGAGGUCGGGGACAAGACCUGGACGGGGCGGCUCGAGUCGGCCCCAGUGACGCUGGAGCACACCGAGGUGAUCCCAGAUCCCCCGGCCCCCCGCCUUGUGGCGGGCGCCGAGGACGCUGGGAGCGAGGCGGACGAGGGCGCGUUCGCUGUCCUGGACUACCCUGGCGAGGAGUGCGGCGUCCGCUACGACCUGCAGUACGCGCCGGCGGUGGGGCCAGAGGCGGAGGCCGAGCUGCGCACGAGCCAGGACCCGUGGCGCGCCCCGCCGUCGCUGCUGGCCCUGGAGUGCGAUGGCGCGGCCGCGCGCGCGGGCAAGGAGCCUCGCUGGCGCGCCCGCCUCCCCGACCCACGCUGCCUCCAGGGCGGGCCCCUGCAGGCGGCGCUGCUGCAGCAGGUGCGCUUCCGCCUCCGCGCGCAGGACGCCGAGGGCGCGCCCUCGGAGCGCCGGUGGUCCUCGCCCUCGGCCCCCGCGAGCGUCGGGAUCGCGCCCCCCGACGCCGUGACGUCCACCGUGGCCGUGGCGGGCCAGAGGUUGGUGCUACAGGUGCAGCUCUCGCUCGACCUCCGCCUCGCCGGGCUCCUGGCCGCGGCGGGGGCCGCGGAGCUGGCGCGGGCGCGCGCCGAGCUGCGGGAGGCGCUGCGGCAGGGGCCGGGCCAGGCCCUCGAGGACGGCGCCGCGCCAGGCUCCGCGCACGAGCCGCCGCUGCUCGCCUGGCCGCGGGGCUUCGGCCACGCCUUCGUGACCCGCUGCCAGCUGCGCCUGCGGCGAUCCGCGGCGCGCGCGCAGGGCGCCGGGCCGGCUGGCGAGGGCGCCGAGGUAGACCGGGACCACUUGGAGCUGUUGCUUGCUAGCGGCACCCGCAACGCGCACGCGCGCUGGUUCUCCAUGGAGGCGCUGCAGCCCCCCGGGCAGGCGCUGGCGGCGGGCGACGUCGUGCAGGUCGCGGCGCGCGUGGGGGACGGGGUGCAGUGGUCCGCCUGGAAGAGCUCCAAGGAGCUCGCGGUGGCGGUCGCGGCCCCGCGCAGGGCUCAGGACGGGGACGCCGCCGAGGCCUGCUGGGCGGAGGACGCCUGCACCGUCCGCUGGCCGGCCGCGGCCGCCGCCCCAGGGCUGGACGCUGUCGAGUACCUGGACGUGCGCUACAGCUUCGUGGUGCUGGCGCGGUACCCGGCCGUGGGCUCGCGCGAGUUCACGCGGCUCUUCCAGACCGGCCCCGUCGCGUGGCGCAGCCCCGUGCCGUCCGCCGAGCCGGCGCAGGCCGAUGGCCCGCCGAUCCCCCCGCCGGCCGUGGAGAGGGUGGCGACGCCGGGGGACGGCAAGAGGCUGUCCCGCUGGGAGAUGGAGGGCGAGGGGCGCCUGGUGCUGCUCCGGUGGCCGGGCCUGCUCGCGCCGGCCGAGGGCGGCGGUCCGCCCCAGUACGAGGUGCAGGCCUCCCGGGAGUGCGCCUCUGCGCUCGGGCGCCGGGCCCGGCCAGUCGCGGAGCCGUGGGCCACGGGCCGGGAGUGGGUCCAGUGCGACCCGACCUUCGUGACGCUGGACGGCGUCCCCUGCGCCGCGCUCUGGCGGCUGCCCUUCCCGGUCGGCCGCUUCCGCCUCUUCGACGCCGCCGCCAGGCAGGAUGUCCGCUUCCCGAUGCGGUCGGCGUCGAUUCGGGCUCGGACCGUGAUCAGUCAGAAGGUCGAGGUCCGCUUCCGCGCGCUCGGGGCCGGCGGCACGGCGGGGGCCUGGGAGCAGGCCGACGCAGUGCCGCUCGGCGUCGCGCGGGCGGCGGACGGGGCGGCGGCCGAGGCCACCGUCCUCGUGCGCGAGGAGGACGGGCUGGAGCUCGGCUCCGCGUACGAGUUCGGGGUGCGGCUCGGCGACGGCUACAGGCUCGGCCCCUGGUCCGAGGCCUCCGCCCCGCUGCCCUUCGCCAUCUCCCCGCCGUGCCCGGGGCAGGGCGCCGGCAUCCGCGUGCAGGCGCGGGAGACCACCGCGGUGCUGUCGUGGGAGGCCUUCGAGCCGGACGCGGAGCUGGCCGAGAGGCUGCCGAGCUUCGGGCAGCUGCCGGUGAAGUACACCGUGAGCGUGUACGACGGGCAGACGCUGGAGUUGGUGACCCGCCUGGACGUGGCUGGCGGGGCCGCCUGCCAAGGGCAGGGCGGCAGCGUGGAGGUCCACUCGCUGGCCCCGGGGACCUCGUACUCCGCCAGCCUGGCGGCCACCUGGGCCCGCUUCGGCGGUGGAAGCGCCGCGUCCCGGGAGCCCGGCGCCAGCGGGCAGGCCGGGGGCAGGCCCCUCCUGGCCGCCUUCGCGACGCUGCCGCCCUCUGCUCGCCCAGCCUCCGGCGGCGCGGGGCGGCCGCGCUCGGCGCGCGGCGUCUCCGGCGCCCCGGCGGAGGGCGGCGUGGACCUGCCGC